UCUAAUCCAUCUCCUAACCAGUUUCCAUAUCUCAUAUUGUUCUCUCUCCUUCUUCAGACGUACGUACAUAUUUAUAUUAAUUUAUCAUUCAUAUUGCGUCAAAGAAAAAAAAUAUACUUAUUCUUAUACCCACUCGGGAAACUUGCUUAUUCUUACGUGAAAAAUUAAGCAAACUACGUGACGGAACUAUUUACUUGCUGGGUGCAAAUACUGGAAUUUCAACUUUAAUCAAAGAAGCAACGCAACAUUGAAAAAAUCAACAAGCGUAUUGUUUUGUUGUGUUGAUUGUGAAAAAUCGUAAUUUAGUUUACUCGACUGACGCCUAUUCAUAAAGGAGUGUUUAAAUAUUGAAAGGAUAAAACCUGAUAUUUUCAUUAGAAUAGAAUCAGUUCCAUUUUUGCUGCUCAAUAGUUUUGUUUUUCAGCGUUUAUAACAAGUUUUGUAAAAAUGAUGGAAUCUGUUAAAGCCAUUGUACUCACUUUAACUAUACUAGUUGUUAUUUCGAUUGUCACUCCUGCGCCACCAGAACGCAAAUGUAGAACUGUAUUUACUGAUCUCAAUAAAAGGGAGCUGCAGCAAAUCAAUGUUUGCACGAAAGAACUUGGGUACAAAAGUGGACGAGAAAAGAGUCAGAAAUCCACGUGCACCAUGAAAUGUGUUCUUACAAAGGAGAGUUUGAUCAAACCAGAUGGACAGCUUUCUGCAGAACAAUUUGAUAUUUACGUAAUGGAACAUUUUCCACCGUCCCUAAUCGACCGAGCUAAUGAGACGUUCAAUCCAUGCCUUGCACUCUUUGACGGUAAAAAUAUUGAGCAGGACGAGUUUUGCAAAUCAUACGAUCCCUUGGUCAAAUGUCUCACUCGAAAUUUCGCCAACUUGUGUCGUGGUCUGCCUUGAGCCUAAUUGCAUUUCUAGCUACUCACCCCUGGAGAAAUUACUAACUUUAAAAAUAACCAAUCGUAAAAAAAGAUGUAAUCAUAAUCAUUGUACUCACUUAUUUAUGAGCAAGAGUGAAUUAUAAUAAAACAUUGUCUCGACCAUAGCGUAA